CUUCUAUUUAAGCUUUCGUUUACUUCAAUUAUAAAGCAAAAAUGUCUGUGGAACAGUUUCCAUCUCCCGGCUCCAGAAUGCUAUCAACCCACCUCUCUUCGACUCUUUUUGAGUUUCUCAGAUUUUCCUUUCUCAUAUUUGUAAUCUCCAUUGAAGCUUUUUUCAUAUUUCUUCACCAAUGGAGAUCACCCGUUUACCCUUUUCUCUUUCUAUCUUUCUCCUUUAUCUUCCUCUUUCUUCUCAAGCUCUACCUCUCAAAGCCACCUGCAGUUUAUCUCGUAGAUUUUUCGUGCUUCAAGCCGCCAUCUUUUUGUAGGGUACCCUUCUCUUCCUUCACGGAAAAUGCCUCCAUGAUUGGAUUUGACAGUGAAAGCACAGGUUUCAUGGCGAAGAUUCUCAAUGCUUUGGGACAGAGCGAAGAGACUUAUCUCCCUCCUGCCUUACAUUACAUUCCUCCCAGAACCCAACAGCCAGAAGCCAUUAAAGAAGUUGAAAUGGUUCUGUUUCCUGUCAUGGAUGAUCUUUUAUCCAGAACAAAAAUCUCUCCACAAGAUAUUGAUAUUCUCAUCGUGAACUGUAGUGGGUUUUGUCCUUCUCCUUCUCUUUCCUCCAUUAUCAUCAACAAGUAUUCCAUGAGGGAUGAUGUUAAAAGCUUUAAUCUUUCUGGUAUGGGCUGCAGCGCAAGUGUCAUAGGCGUUGAUUUGGCUCAAAAUCUUCUCAGAGUUCAUAAAAACUCUUACGCUGUUGUUCUCAGCACUGAAAUCUUGUCAACCGGCUGGUAUUCUGGUCAGGAGAAAGCUAAAUUACUUCUCAACUGUGUCUUUAGAAUGGGAAGUGCAGGGAUCUUGCUCACCAACAAAAAAGAAGCAAAAAAAUCAUCAAAGUACAAACUUUUUUACUCUCUCAGAACCCAAAGAGCCUUUGACGACAGAGCUUAUCUUUCAGCAAUACGUGAAGAAGACUCAAACGGGAAACCCGGGUUUACAAUCAGAGGGGAUUUACUUACAACAACAGGAGAAGCUCUCAGAACAAACAUGUCGAUUCUGGGCUCACAGAUCUUGCCGUUCACAGAGAAGUUCUGGCAUGGAGUUUCGAUUAUCAGGAAGAAAUUUAUAAACAAAUCUGGUGAAAUCUACACCCCGAAUUUCAAGACGGUGAUACAACAUUUUUGCUUGCCGGUUUCAGGGAGGCCGGUGAUUAGGCAGAUAGGAAAAGGGUUAAAGCUUAAUGAAAGAGACAUUGAACCUGCGUUAAUGGCGUUGCAUAGGUUUGGGAACCAGUCGUCUUCUUCGUUGUGGUAUGAGUUGGCUUACAUGGAAGCAAAGGAGAGAGUGAAGAAAGGUGAGAAGCUAUGGCAGAUCGGCAUGGGAAGUGGGUGUAAGUGUACCAGUCUGGUUUGGGACUGUUUAAGGUCCAUUAAUGGCGAAGCACAGAGAGGCCCAUGGGUUGAUUGUAUCAACCGGUACCCAAUUAUGUCUCUCAAUCAAUCUCUAUAGCUUGUUUUUUCUUUGUUUUAUUUAUAUAUAUAUAUAUAUAUUUUUUUGUGAGAUGCAAUAGCUUGAAUUAAAAUUAUUAUGUGUU